AUGGAGAGAGAAGAAUUUGUGAAUGGAGUGCCAGGUACGGAACUACUUGUUGAUAUCAAGAAGGACAACGAAAAUGUCAUUGAGGGAGCUGAGAUUGUUUAUAUACCUCCUCCAACUGAAUGUGGAGCUGAUCCAUUGGGUUGGGCAAGGUACAAGAAAUACUGGCAGUUAUUUGUUGUUUCCUUAUACGCAUGUUGCUUUGCUUAUGGUGAAAAUAAUUUAGGUGCCGCAUGGACAACUGUGUCAGAAGACAUUGGAGUAAACAUGAAUAACAUGAAUGGAGGAAGUGCUUUAAAUUGGCUUUUACUUGGGUUCUUCAAUGUUUUAUGGAUUCCAACUGCAAUGAAGAUAGGAAGGAAGCCGGUUUUUAUUGCAACUACUGUCAUUGCCUCAUGCGCCAUGGUUUGGAUUGGUAAAUGUAACGGUAAUGCUCAGUGGUUUUUGGCAAUGACGGUAAAUGGCUUAGGUGUUGCAGGUUACGAAGCAAUGAUUCAGCUCACCAUCUUCGACACUUUCUUUGUUCACGAGAGAGGUAGAGCAUUGGCCGUAUACCUAUCCUCACAGCAACUUGGUAGUGUUAUUGGUUUGGUUUCUGGUGGAGCACAAGCAGAUACAAUUGGUUGGAGAUGGUCGCAAUACAUUGUUGCAAUUGCUGAUGCUGUCGUUUUUGUGUUGUUCGUAUUCACGUUCCAAGAAACGCUAUUUCCAAGAUUUUUGUUCGAAAGAGGCGAACACUCAAAAUUCUUGGAACAGAUGAAAUCCGUUGAUCUUACUGAUGGGGUCUCCGAGUACGAAAUUCCUAACGCUCAGGAUUUUCCUGCUCCAUCAUGGGGAAAAAUUGUCACCAAAUGGUGGGUUUAUUACCCUCAAGACAAAACCACCUUUUGGCAAUACUUCCGUCGUCCAUUUAUUUUAUUCACCUUUCCUAACAUACUCUAUGCUGGUUUCAACUUUGGAUUUGGGGGUACUGCGGGUAUGCUUUCAUUCAGUACUAUUGCAGAAAUCUUGAUGGAAGAUCCUUAUAAUUACUCAACUUCAACAACUGGCUUGAUGUGUCUAGGUUCCCUCGUAGGAAGUGGCCUAGGUGGGUUGGCCGGAUCGUUAUCAGACUAUAUUGUCAUCUUUUUUGCUAAAAGAAACAAUGGUGUGAAGGAGCCAGAAAUGAGAUUGUUUGCGAUGAUUUUUCCUUUCUGUUUUGGAGCAAUUGGCUACAUGAUGUACGGUUGGGGCGCAGAGCAAGGUGAUGCAUGGCCUGUGAUUUCGGUUGGGAUUGGUUUUAUGACAGCUCAACAGGUUUCAUCCUGUUCUAUUGCUACAUCGUACGCCAUGGAUUGUUUCCGAGGCAUAUCGGGCGAGUUGGUCGUAGUUUUGGCAAUCUUUUCUGCAUGUAUUAACUUUGCCGUUAGUUAUUCAUGCCAAGAAUUUUUGACAGCUGUUGGUUACGGAUGGCUUAUGUUUUUCUGGGCCAUGCUUGUGUUGUCGGCGAAUGCCUCUGCAGUUUUAGUGAUGUUCCAAGGCAAGUCCUGGAGAAAGCGUAGUGCCGACAAGUAUUUUAAAUUUGUUGCGGAAGGAAAGCAGUAG